AUGUGUCUUAUAUGGGAAACGACAGUUGGUCCUGCCACGAUGCAUGUUUAUUUAUUCAAUAUAGUGUGGUCACAAACUCCAACAUUUUGUAUGAUUUGGAAGUUUCUUGAUUCAUGUAUUUAUACAUCAAUAGCCAAAUUGGUAGCAUGGGCUUCAAUUGAACGACAUAUUAUUAUAUUUCAUAACAAAUGGGUAUCAACAAAAAUAAAACGUCUUUUGUUCCACUAUAUUCCAUUAUUACUAAUUGUUAUGUGUGAUAUAAUUUGUUAUGCAAUAAUAACUGCAAUGAAUGAUUGCAAUAGAAAAUUCUCUUAUACAAAACCAUUCUGUGAUUAUUCUAGUUGUAUGCAUAAUACUGUAUCAUUUCUGCAUUUUGAAUCUUUUACUGGUGCAGUUAUACCAUCUUUGAUUAUUGCAUUUGGUAGCUUUUUUCUUGUCUUACGUGCCAUUUGUCAGAAACGUCGUUUUCAUCGACAAGUUCAUUGGCGAAAACAUCGUAAAAUGACAAUUCAACUAAUAGCUAUUACAACUCUUUUCUAUAUUUUAUAUUUACCACCAGUCAUUUUAUCAACUGCUAAGCUACUUGGAGUUCCAUCUUAUGUGGGAUCUGAUUAUAGUCUUUAUGCAGAUUUCUUCAAAAAACUUAUUAUACUUUUAUUGUCAUUUACAUGCCUUGGUACAUUAUCCAAAAUUUAA